AUGAAGAUCUCUCUUUUUUUUGCUUUCAAUGCUCUCAUGUUACUUCAAGUUUGCAUCUUAGUUUUUGCUCAAGCUAGGUUUUCAAAUGAGACUGAUAUGCAAGCUUUGCUUGAGUUCAAGUCUCAAGUUACUGAAAACAAGAGAGAGGUCUUAGCUUCAUGGAAUCACUCCUUUCCACUUUGCCAUUGGAUUGGGAUUACAUGUGGUCGGAAACAAGAAAGAGUUACAAGUCUAGACCUUGGAGGAUUCAAAUUGUCCGGUUCGAUCUCACCUUCUAUUGGUAAUCUCUCAUUUCUCAGAUCACUUAAUCUUGGUGACAACUCUUUUCAAAGUAAUAUCCCUCAAGAGUUCGAAGGAAGCGUACCAACGAAAGGAGUUUUUCAAAACGGUACAACAGUUUCUGUCUUUGGAAAUGAAAAUCUAUGUGGAGGCGUCAUAGAAAUGCAACUAAAGCCAUGCAUUGAAUCACCAAGGCAGAAAAAGCCUUUCUCACUUGGAGAGAAAGUUGCCGUUGGUGUAGGUGUAGCUUUGCUUUUUUUAUUCAUAAUUGUGGCUUCUUUGUCUUGGUUCAAGAAGAAGAACGAUAAGAUAAGUUAUGAAGAGCUUUAUAAUGCAACAAGUGGCUUCUCUUCAAGCAAUCUAAUUGGUUCAGGCAACUUCAGUGAUGUGUUUAAAGGAUUGCUUGGCCUCGAGGAAAAACUCGUCGCGGUUAAAGUUUUGAACCUCCUGAAACAUGGAGCAACAAAAAGCUUUAUAGCGGAAUGUGAAUCUUUCAAAGGUAUUAGGCACCGUAACCUUGCGAAACUGAUAACAGUUUGCUCAAGCCUUGAUUCCCAAGGAAAUGAUUUCAGAGCUUUAGUCUAUGAGUUCAUGCCAAAAGGAAGUCUAGAUAUGUGGCUACAGCCAGAAGAUUUGGAAAGUGCAAACAAUCACUCAAGGUCUUUAACAUUUGCAGAGAAAGUCAACAUAGCAAUAGAUGUGGCUUCUGCUUUGGAGUAUCUGCAUGUUUAUUGUCAUGACCCUGUCGCUCAUUGUGAUAUUAAGCCAAGCAACGUUCUUCUAGACGAUGAUUUGACGGCUCAUGUUAGUGACUUUGGUUUGGCUCGGCUCCUUUAUAAUUUCGAUGAGAAAACCUUUCUAAACCAGUUCAGUUCUGCCGGUGUGAGAGGUACCAUUGGCUAUGCCGCACCAGAAUAUGGAAUGGGAAGCAAACCAUCAAUACAAGGAGAUGUUUACAGCUUUGGAGUUUUACUUUUGGAGAUGUUCACUGGGAAAAAACCGACAGACAAUUCAUUUGGUGGCGGUUAUAACCUCCACGGCUACACAAAGUCGGUAUUGUCGUGUUCCACGAGCAGAGGAGGCAGAACCAUGGUUGAUGAGUGGUUGAGACUAGUUUUGGAAGUGGGAAUAAAGUGUUCUGAAGAAUAUCCACGGGAUAGGAUGGGAAUGGCUGAAGCGGUACGAGAAUUAGUCUCAAUCAAAUCUAAGUUCUUUACUUCCUCUCGAUGA